CCUUUCUUUCCGCCGACCCUAUAAUUUUCAACUUGCUAACAGUUUUGCAUUUAAGUCUCUGUUUGAAAAUUCUUGUAAAAGUUUCUCAUGUAAACUCACAUGCUUUGUUGCUAUUUCAAUCAUAUUCUUACACGACUACAACUUCGAGACUGUUUCUUAGGUUCUGCAAUGGACUCCCCACAAUCUGUUGUUUCACCAUUCAAGAUUGGUGAGUCCGAGAAUGAGAACUCAACUUCUGUGCAGAGCUCCGGAAACCGAUCAAACGGCGUCAACUCCAGUGGAAAAGAUACCAUCACCUGUGGCCAGCAAGACCACCUUGUUGGCUCUCUUGAGGUUCAUGUGCAUCAGGCAAGGGAUAUACAAAACAUUUGUAUAUACCACAAGCAAGACGUUUACGCCAAGCUUUGCCUUACAAGUGAUCCUGAAAAGUCUGUCUCCACCAAAAUCAUCAACGGCGGUGGGAGGGAUCCGGUUUUUGAUGACAAAGUCAAGCUUGAUGUCAGGGUUCUGGACACUUCCCUCAAGUGUGAGAUUUACAUGAUGAGCAGGGUGAGGAACUAUCUCGAAGACCAGCUGCUUGGUUUCACUCUGGUUCCUAUGUCUGAACUGCUCUUCAAGAAUGGGAAACUCGAGAAAGAGUUCGCUCUUUCUGCCUCUGAUCUGUACCAUUCGCCAGCUGGUUUUGUUCAGUUGUCUCUCUCUUACAAUGGAUCCUACCCUGAAGUGAUGGUGUGUCCCGCUAUGCCUUCAUCUGUUUCUGUUGAUGAAUCUACCAAGAAUCCAGAAGGGUCUGAAUCACUUCCUGGUGAGUUGGAUAAGAUAGAGUUUCCUGAUCCUAACGUCGCUAAUGAAAACGAGAAGAUGGUUUCUGAGUAUUUUGGGAUCUCCUGUUCCACUAUCGACUCAGAAACUUCUGACAGCUUGGUUACUUCUGAUGCUGAGAAUCAUGUAACAAACUCUGUCACUUCUGUACUGAAGCAAGAUUCACCUGAGAUCAGUAAUGCAACAGAUGAAGCCGUCUCUCCUCACGCUUCAGCUCACUCUGCAACAGAAUUACCAAACCGUGAUCAUCUCCCUCUCGUGAACUCCAAAGCGGAUUCUCAGGAGGAGUCAGAGGGCGAGACAUCCAAAGAGAAGACAGUGAAACCCAUCCUCAGUGUGAGGGUUGAGCCAGAGUCAAAGGUGGUGCAGCAGGAUAUAGUCGACAUGUACAUGAAAAGCAUGCAACAGUUUACUGAUUCACUGGCUAAGAUGAAGCUUCCUCUGGACAUUGAUAGCCCAACAAAAUCAGAGAACUCAAGCUCUGAUUCUCAGAAGCUUCCAACACCCAAGAGCAACAACAACGGAUCUCGUGUGUACUAUGGGAGCAGGGCUUUCUUCUGAGCAUCUGUUUUACCAAGUUCAGAGGAAAGAACUCAGUUCACUCCUAGACUUUUACUAAUGAAGAAAAGACUAAUCUCCUAAUAAUGUAAUUUUAUGAUGUACUGUUUGAUGUUGUAUCUCCCAUCUGGUCAGCUUUAUGUUUAAGUUGAAGUGAAGUUGUGUAAUAUAUCACUAGACUUUGUAUUAUUAGAACUAUCAUCACAAUAUAUGAACUUAUGCCUGCCUAA